UGAGUCAGGGCGGGGGGGCGGGGCUGCGCGGGCAGCUGCUUCUCGCCCUUGGCUCCUAAUCCCCUUCGCGGGACCCUGAACUUGGGGCGACAAGGUUCUUUGCUCUUCUCCGGGUGUCGGCCUCUUCUCUACUCGGAUCGUGUCCUGGGAAUGCCCUAAGAUUGCGGCGGAUUCGCCCCCCCCCCCCCGCCCCGGAGAGCUGACUGCCCUGGACGGCUGCUGACCUCUGGCAGAACUGAACCAAAAUGUCCCCGGAAUCUAAAAAGCUUUUCAACAUCAUUAUUUUAGGAAUUGCCUUUAUGUUCAUGUUCACCGCCUUUCAAACUUGUGGAAAUGUAGCGCAAACUGUCAUCAGGAGCUUAAAUAGCACAGAUUUUCACGGCAGUGGAUAUACCAGCAUGGCAAUUAUUUAUGGAGUGUUCUCUGCUUCAAAUUUGAUUACACCAUCAGUGGUCGCCAUUGUAGGACCUCAGCUGUCUAUGUUUGCUAGUGGCUUAUUUUACAGCAUGUACAUUGCCGUUUUUAUCCAGCCUUUCCCGUGGUCCUUCUACACGGCCUCUGUUUUCAUUGGAAUUGCAGCCGCUGUACUUUGGACAGCGCAAGGAAACUGCCUGACGAUAAAUUCAGAUGAGCACACGAUUGGGAGAAACAGUGGAAUUUUCUGGGCUCUCUUACAAUCUAGCUUGUUCUUUGGAAAUCUCUACAUCUAUUUUGCUUGGCAGGGGAAAACUCAGAUAUCAGAGAGUGACCGGCGGACAGUGUUUAUUGCCCUGACGGUCAUUAGCCUUGUGGGGACCGUCCUUUUCUUUCUCAUUCGGAAACCAGAUUCUGAAAAUGUCCUGGGAGAAGAUGAAUCUUCUGAUGACCAGGACCUGGACGUCAACGAGUCUGCCCAGAACAAUAUGACAAAGGCAGUAGAUGCAUUUAAAAAGUCUCUUAGGUUAUGUGUUACCAAGGAGAUGCUCCUUCUUAGCGUGACAACCGCUUAUACAGGUGUGGAAAUGACUUUCUUCUCUGGUGUGUAUGGAACCUGUAUUGGCGCUAUAAAUAAAUUUGGAACAGAAGAGAAAAGCCUCAUUGGACUUUCUGGCAUUUUCAUCGGCAUUGGAGAAAUUUUAGGUGGAAGCCUCUUUGGCUUGCUGAGCAAGAAUACUCGUUUUGGUCGGAAUCCAGUCGUGCUGUUGGGUGUCCUGGUGCAUUUUCUAGCUUUCUAUUUAAUAUUUCUCAACAUGCCUGGGGACGCCCCCAUUGCUCCUGUUGAAGGAACGGAUAGCAGUGCCUACAUCAAACCCAGUCCAUUUGUGCAGCCGUGGCGUUUUUCUACAGUAACUACCUUCUCCUUCAUUGGCAACUCCUGGUCAUGGUGCUGUUUGGGUUUUUUGGAACGAUUUCCUUCUUCACCGUGGAGUGGGAAGCCGCUGCCAUUGUGGCCCGGGGCUCCGACUACCGAAGCAUCUGACGGAGGAGGAGCCCGGGGGAGGCGGCCGAGACCGCAGGCCCGAGCGCCGGGGCUGGAGGCGGAGGCCGGCGUUCGUCUUCACCCCACUCGGGAGGGUGGUCCGGCCAGAAAGGCCGGGGCGCGGGACUGCGAAGUCUGCCAGAGCUGGUCUUCAGGUUUGCAGAUGCUCGUUUCAGACGCCUCGAACAAGGGAGGCUAGUGCUGUCGCUUGUCAUUGUGUGAAGAUGCCGGUUUUCAGUGCAUCUGUGUCUCAGUUCCUCGUGACCGUGGCACAGAAUGUCCGUGUUUCCUCUGCCCUCCUGUUCUCCUUGAAAAAUCAUGCUUUGAUCGAAACGUCCAGGCCCUGUGUCGUAUAAAGACUCUGGCCGCGUGUGGCAGUAUGUUACUGGGUGAUAAUAGAGGCAUCUGCCAUCCCACACGUGUCUGGAAGUGACAUUUAAAGAAAUUGUUGGGAGUUCCCCUUGGUGGCACAGUGGGUUAAGGAUCUGGCGUUGUCACUGCAGCGCGAGGGUUCAGUCCCUGGCCCGGGAACGCCCACAUGCCUUGGGCGCGGCCAAAAAGGAAAAAAAUAAUAAUAAAGAAAUCAUGCAACCCUGAAGUGGAAUCUUUGAAUAGGAUUGCACAUUCUUUCGCUUUCAGUGUUUUGCCUGAUAAGUUUUCUUACCUUAGGGUUCACAGCAAAGGAGGGGUCCAUCAAGUGUUGGAAAAUGAGCUGAAAGUUGUCUCCAGUUUUAAAAAGAGACACCUACCAUGUGCGCGUGAACAAAAGCACGUUUGAGGAAAAAAACAGCACAGUUACUGGGGGAGGAGUGUUGCUCGUGUUUUUCCUAGAGGAUGGAACACGUUGAGGAGAAACCCCCAGAACCUGUCAAGAGGUCCGAGCUCUGCUGGCAGGUUGACAGCAGCCGUGUCUCUCCUCACAGCAGCACCGCUCCAGCCACGUGCCCAGGAAUGAAGUGAAACUGCUGGGCGAGAGGUUUAGGUGGAAAUGCUAACUUGAAUCCAUCAGAAGAGCUGCAGACGAUUUUUUUUAAAUCGAGGUAUAAUUCAGAAACCAUAAAAUUCACCACUACGAAGUAUACGAUUUAAUGGGCUUUUUAGUAUAUUCCCUGGGUAGUUCAGCCAUCACCGUUUUCUAUUCUACAACAGUUCCGCCGCCCCAGAAGGAAACCCCGUGCCCUCAGUGGUCACUCCCCGGCCUCUGGCUGGCACUGGCCGGCAGUAGUCUGCUUUCCGUCUCUCUGGAUUUGCCUAUCUGGACAUUUCACAGAAGUGGGAAAGCUCAUUUUUGAAAGUGGUAAUUAACUGUACAAAUGAAGAGUUUUAUGGCAAAGUAAAUUUAACCAAGAAGAUAGCAUUAUUUUGUUUUCCAUUAUUUUUUAAAAGCCUGCCAGAAAUUUAGAAAUUUUGUGGCGUGUGACUUUCCGACUUGAUGGCAAUGGCAGGGAGUUGGAAAACGCUGGAGUCGGCUAGAACCCUGCCAGAAAUGUCGCCCGUAUGGAACACCACUCUUUUGCCCCAAGUUGUAAGGGUUUUGCUUUUCUUGACGUUGAGAUAAACUCAGUUGCCAGUUGACCUUAUGUAAAUAACUUGGAAGUGCUAUUUCAGAAUGCAGAUGAUUUUAUUAUCUCUUUAAGCACGUUACUGCUUAUCCAGGUGUAUUCGUUUUCUAUCACGGUAUAAAUAAAUUGCCGCAAAGCGUAGUGAUUUAAAACACCAUCUAUGGGAGUUCCCACUGGGGUACAAUGGGUUAAGCCUCUGACUGCAAUGACUCAGGUCGAUGCGGAGGUGUGGGUUCAAUCGCCAGCCCAGUGCACUGGGUUAAAAAGGAUCCUGCGUUGCCAACUCCAAGGUCACAAAUUCAAGGUCACAGCCUGGGUUGGAUUUAACCCCUUGCCCAGGAACUUCCAUAUGUUCUGAGCGCGGCCAGAAACAAAAAACAACCAAAACAACACCGCCUGUGUAUUCUCUCGCAGUUUCUGUGGGUCUGGGAUCUGUACGUGGCUGAGCUGGGUCCUCAAACGGUUGCACUCAGGGUGUUGGCUGGGCUCACCCCGGGGAGGCCCGGCUUCUCCACUUACUGGUCCUUGGCAGGAGCUGGUUCCUCGUGGCCUGUUGGACUGUGGAUCUUAGUGUCCCAUGGCUGCUCUCAGGCAGCGCGAAGUAUGGCAGCUGUCCCCCAGCAGAGAGAGCACGUGAGAGCAAGAGCCCAAGGAAAGUGCCAGCAGGUCUCCGGACACCGACUUUCUUAACUUACCUUGAAAGUGACAGCACGUGCCUUUUGCUGUAUUCUCUUUACCAGAUGCGGGUCACUAGUUCCCGGCCCUGCUCAGGGGAGGGGCUCACACUGGGGAGGGAGUGGGAGGACCAGGAGGGGAUCCUGGGGGGCAUCUCCCAAGGCUGCUGUCCCGCGUCUCAGCUGAGCGCUGGGUCCCGCGUUCCCGUGUCGCUCGUCUCCCAGGCCUGGGCUCCCUUUGCUCGUGAUGGGAGGCAGAGGUGACAUAGCCUCUGUUAAUGCCACUGAGUACCUUCACCAAGGCAGCCGGAGCCCCCUGUCACCACCGGUGGGCUUCCUGACGGCUGUCGUCAGAGGGGAUGUGAAAUGGGUGACAUGGGUCCGGCCGGCAGGCUUCCUCCCAUGGCUCCGAGCGAUGUUCACGCGAAGUGCUGUGCUCACGUUUUGUGUUUUGGGGGUUUUGAUUUGUUUUUUGCUCCGUUUUUGUGUCUAUAAUAGUAUUGCCCCUGGUGGACUUGUUAUUGGACCAGUAACACUAAGUUCAUCUUUUAAAUUUAUAUCAUUAUUUGAGUUAACAGUGAAAUGUGCUGAUGAAAUAAAGAGUUUAAUUUUCA